UCAUCAAUCAUCAGCAACAGGUACAUCUCAAAGAACAGCAGUUUUUACAUAAUGUCCAGUUCUGCACACCAUAAUUUACUACAUUACUCAUACAGGUAUGGAAGAGUUAAAAACUUAUCUUGAUGAGCACAGUAGUGAAGUAAUGUAAAAAGUAAAGAAAAAAUAAGAAAUAGAGAGUAAAGACCAAGGUUUUGCUUGGAUAAAAAGCAUGACACGUGAAAAAAAGAAACAUCUUCCAUCCAACAAGACUCUCUUUAUAGAGAAGCUUAAUAUUAUUACAAAAGAAUGGAGAAUGGUUUCUGAGAAUAAACACACUAAAUAUGCUGAUUUUAAACAAAUCAGUUAAAAUCGUUAUAACCUGGUUCAAAAGAUAACCUGAAGCUAUAAACAUACCUGGGAACAAGACAAUGAAGUCAAUGCAGAAUAAUACUAUAAAGACUCUGUUAUGUUUCUAACAAAUAAUAAGGACCACGAAUAAAAUGUGCAAUCUGGUGGGUGAAUAAAAAACACUUUAACUGAACUUUAAAGAUUCUGUUUUGCGAGUAUCUGUCCUCCACCAGUGUUACAUCACGAGUAGUCAAAAAGCUCUUAAACAGGAGGAACAUCAGUUUUAGGAAUGUGUCUGAACUCAGCCCAUUAAAUCAGUCACUCCUCACUAACUGAGCUCAUAUCCAAAAUGAGGUUACUUUGAGAAACUCCUGCAUUUGACCAAAAUAGGAGAGAAAUAACUGUUAUAGCAGAUAAGAUCGUAUGUGAUUUUGUUAUCUACUUUUGAACUUAAUCAAUUUGACCUUUACGGCUUAACCUUUUAAGUUGAGUCCCUGAACAUCCUAAAUAUUUUCGAGGACCACACAUAAAUGGAAACUGAGUAGCUCUUAUUUGAAGGGUUAUUUACGCUGAGACAUAUAUGCUCAAGCAUACCUUCGCGUUUAGAAAUUCACUUAUUUUCUACUGCCACUGAGGUAUAGAGUCCGUAGGGUUUCCAAACUAAAAGCUGGCAACAACGUUGAAGUGGAUUUGGCACAAAAGUCUUUCACUUAUAAUUGUCCAGUUAAGCGCCCUCCCACAGUGAGGAAAAAGAAAUACAAGACACCAAAGAGUCGCUUCAGCUAAAACGCGGAAUUCUCUACUCCAUUCCGCACAGUUGCGUAAAAUGAUGCAAAUAUAUGUUAUGCGUUUUCUGUGGAGUCACGGCUCUUCAUGUAAUGAUGCGUCAUGCGCGCUUCAUAGGCUAGUGUUUAGGUAUGUUUGGUCAGUACAUGGCAGAGCUGUGUGUGGUGCAGUGGAGGCAAGAGAUGACUGCUGCCCCCCUCACUUGUACACUGAGCCCUCAGGAGAGUGGAGAGAGAAGGACUGCAUGGGGACUGUACGGCUGCUCAGCGAACGAUUUUUCUCAGCGCUGAUUUGGAAACGAAAUUGUAAACACGCAGUUAAACCAUGCAGACUUAGGCCAUUUAGACACUUGUUUAGUUUAUGUUUAGUAAAGCUCUUUUGUGAGUUGCAGUUACAAGUGAUCCGAAGCCUGCUAUGGAGGACCUCUUGAGUCAAAAUGAGUCUGAGCACUGACAAUGUCACAAACUUGUGGAAAAAUGGUUCCUCGGAACUCGACGGGACUCCGGGCGCGUCCUCCCAGGUCAACUUCACCAACAGCUCCGGGGGAAACAACAGGCAGCCCAGCGAGGUGGACCUCACCCGAGCUAUCCCGCUCGGCUUGGUGCUGGGGGCUUUCAUCGUGUUCGCCAUCGCGGGUAACAUCCUCGUCAUCCUCUCGGUGGUGUGCAACAGACACCUGCGCACCCCGACGAACUACUUCAUCAUCAACCUGGCCAUCGCCGACCUGCUGCUGAGCACCACGGUGCUGCCGGUGUCCGCCACUCUGGAGAUCCUAGACUACUGGGUGUUCGGCAGGAUCUUCUGUGAUAUCUGGGCGGCGGUGGAUGUGCUGUGCUGCACCGCGUCCAUCAUGAGCCUGUGCGUAAUAUCCAUCGACCGCUACAUCGGAGUGAGCCACCCGCUGCAGUACCCGGGCAUCGUGACGGAGAAGCGGGCUCUGCUGGCCAUGCUCGGGGUGUGGGCGCUGUCGGUGGUCAUCUCCAUCGGACCUCUGUUCGGGUGGAAGCAGCCGCCGUCGCCGGACGACACGGUGUGCCCCAUCACCGAGGAGCCGUUUUACGCGCUCUUCUCCUCGCUCGGCUCCUUCUACAUCCCUCUCGUCGUUAUUCUGGCCAUGUACUGCCGGGUGUACAUAGUCGCCAAACGGACCACUAAGAACCUGGAAGCCGGUGUGAUGCGCGAGAGGAUGAACUCCAGUGAGCUGACCCUCAGGAUCCACAAGGGUUCUCAGGUGCAGGAGGAGCACGGCAGUUCAGUCACCGGCAAGGGCCGCGCACACCAAGCGAGAAGUUCCCUCACGGUGAAACUUCUGAAAUUCUCCCGGGAGAAGAAAGCGGCAAAGACUUUAGGAGUUGUGGUCGGCAUGUUUACGCUUUGCUGGCUGCCCUUCUUUCUCGCCUUACCCAUAGGGUCUUUUAAUGUGAACUUGCGUCCACCUGAUGUCCUCUUCAAAGUAAUCUUCUGGCUGGGCUACUUCAACAGCUGCCUGAACCCCAUCAUCUACCCCUGCUACAACCGUGAGUUCAAGCUGGCCUUCAUUCGCAUCCUAAGAUGCCAGUGUCACCAGCGUAAACGUCCCGGCUGGAGGGCAUACAAUUACCGUUCCUCCAACUUCAGCUCCUCUGGACACUCACGCAAAGGCUCAGCGGAUCACAACUCCAGCUGCUUGAACGGCAGCCAGCGUACUCUGCCAUCCUCAGCCAGUCCGAGCCCCAGCUACCUGAGCAAGGGUCUCCCACCUUGCCCCGAAGGGGAAACAUUAUACAUCUGGGGGGCCACCACCCCAACUCCCUCCACACCCAAUCUGCUGCCUGGCAGCCCCACAGACUGCCAGCAAGUAGCUCUGAGAGGGGAGGUAAGAGGAGGGAAACCAGCUGAGGAGACAACUGGUGGUGUCUUCGCUUUCUCCUUUGGGAAGAAUCGAGACAAGGGAGGGAUCAACAAAGACAGCAUUGUGCCUGAUGACAAGGUGUGACUGCUGAGUCUUACUGAGACGUGACUUGUUUAUUCCUUAUAGGGAUUAAAGUCACAAACAGAGCGUGGAUGUAGGAUUUCACAGGUUUGAUGGAUUCACUGUACAUGGUCCCAUGAUCAUUCAUCAGUCAGUGGACUGUCAUUGUCAUUAGUGGUGAAUGUAAGGUGAAGAUAACUGAGUAUUGAUUAUGCUGCUGUAUCAGAGGUAUUUUGUACUAUUUUACUGUAUCUGUGGUUGACAUAAACAGGAAGGUUUCUUUUAAUGGACAGUAAAGUGACAAAAUCACAGUUUGCCGCCCUCUUUGGGACUGGAAAGAAACCAGUGCAUGCAUUUUGAUUAAACAAAAAGACAUUCUGAGGAAAAAGGACACAUUUUCAGAAAAGAGUCGUACUCAACACAGCCUUCUCUUCAACCCAUGUCUGCCCUGUAAAAAGACUGAACAUGACAAAGAACCUGACUCGUGUAAAGUGUGUGAUGCCUACUUGAUAUCUUCGUGGUAUGUUGUGGAAAUAAAGUAUAACCUGGUUUAUCUGCUGUGCGCACAAUCAUCAGAUAGCUUGUUUGUAUGUUUGAUGUUCAAAAAGUUCUGAAUAUCAAUAUUAGAAAUGUGAUCGAUACAUGAAUAAACAUAGAAUGUUGCUCAAA